AUGCAGCAAGACAUUUCUCAAGAAAAGUAUUCUGAGCAGCAACCUCUGCUAAAAGAUCAUGGCUCUGGCCCCGACGCACUUCAUCCGUAUCACCGGAAGAUGCUUGGUUGCCCAUGCCCAGCGGUGGCAUCAAUGAUCAAUCAUUCAUAUUUGAACGUGGAAAACUCCAAUCAGAAAAUUCCAAUCCAUAAGUUGAUUGCAGCUCUUGUGGAGUGUUAUAACUUCAGCUGGACAUUUGCAAUACUAAUCGUCGUAGUUGGGACACUCCGGCUCGGCAAGGUACUCGGGUUUAGCAUCAAAGAGCUCGGUGAACAUGGCAAGAUUGAGCAUGACGCCAGCAUGACGAGGCUCGAUGUAGAUAAAGGAAAUGCAUUGGAGCCCAAUCCGGGAUUGAUCGAUGAGCUUUUCAAAUCCUUGGACUCGGGGGUCGACUCCAAGAGUAAAACCAUGACAUUAGAGGAUUUCGCCAAGAAGAAGUUGGAAUUGGAAAAACAAGUGACGAAGUACGAUUAUCAAUCAAAGUCUGCAGUCAACUUCCUUGGGCGAGGCGAAGUUUGCUUGGCCCUUCAAGCACACCGCCAUCUUGGGACAGGGUUUGAUUCUCCUAAAGCUAAAGAUGUUAAUCAAGAUGGAGCGAUGGAAGCAAACACCAGUUGGAUGAGAACCUGGUUUCUCGAGGAACGACUACCAGUUGAACUGGGAUGGAAAAGGCCGGCGUCGAAAAUUACAAUUCGGCGCACUUGGGGAAUGAUGAAAGAGAUGAAAGCGCGCCAAGAUAGGUUAUCACAAAAGGACGAGCCUGGAAUGGGUUUAUAG